GUAGGAGCAGAUAAAUGUACAACCCCAGGAGGCAGGUGCUAUUACUAUCCCCACUUUACGGCCUUUUCUCCCGUGGAGCUGGAAGCUGGGGACCCUGGGGGCCAUGCAGAGGGCCGGGGCAGGGGGCCGGAGGGCCUCUGAUUGCGGCCCUGCCCCUCACCGGCCCAGGUGCAUCACCAAGUUUGCCCAGCAGUACGUGGGCUCCUUCCCCGUGGACGACCUGGACACCCAGGAGAGUGUGUGGCUUGUACAACAACAGCUGUGGGCACUGAAGGAUUGUCCCCGACGCCGGGCUGUCAUCCUGAAAUUCAGCCUUCAGGGCCUCAAGAUCUACAGCGGGGAGGGCGAGGUGCUCCUGAUGGCUCACGCCCUGCGGCGCAUCCUCUACUCCACCUGGUGCCCUGCUGACUGCCAGUUCGCCUUCAUGGCCCGAAACCCCCAGAGCCCGGCCAACAAGCUCUUCUGCCACCUCUUCGUGGGCAACCAGCCUGGAGAGGUCCAGAUCCUGCACCUGCUGCUCUGCCGCUCCUUCCAGCUCGCUUACCUCCUGCAGCACCCUGAGCAGCGCGCACAGCCUGAGCCCUGCCUGGGGUCUGCAGGGGACGUAGCCCCGAAGCAGCUGUCUAGCCCUGGGGUCCCCCCUGGCCUAGUACGGGAACCCUUCAGCCGUGGUCAGCUCUCACAGAACGUGCAUGCACUGGUCUCCUUCCGGCGGCUGCCAGCAGAGGGGCCCGUGGGCAGUGGGAAGGAGCUGCUGGAGUCUGAAGGCCGAGGCGGGGGCCGCCAGGCCCGCCUGGGGAAUCCUUACUGCUCGCCCACGCUGGUGCGCAAGAAGGCCAUUCGAAGCAAGGUGAUCCGCUCUGGGGCCUACCGCGGCUGCACCUACGAGACCCAGCUGCAGCUGUCCGCUCGGGAGGCCUUUCCUGCCGCAUGGGAGGCGUGGCCCCGGGGGCCUGGUGGCCCCUCAUGUCUGGUGGAGAGCGAGGGGAGCCUGACGGAGAACAUCUGGGCCUUUGCUGGCAUCUCCAGGCCCAGCGCCCUUGCCCUGCUGCGGAGAGACGUGCUUGGAGCCUUCCUGCUGUGGCCCGAGCCUGGCACCAGUGGCCAGUGGUGCCUGUCGGUGCGGACACAGUGUGGUGUGGUCCCCCACCAGGUCUUCCGGAACCACUUGGGCCGCUACUGCGUGGAGCACCUGCCGGCCGAGUUUGCCAGCCUGGAGGCCCUGCUGGAGCACCACGCUGGGACGGAGCGCAGCCUCUUCUGCUCCCUUGACAUGGGCCGCCUGAACCCCAGCUACGAAGAGCAGGACUGCGGGUCCGAGGGCAGACCCCCCCGGACACUGCGGCCCCUUGGCCAUGCCAAGUCCGAGGCAGAGCUUCAGGGCCUGGGCUAGGAGGUGAGCCCCCGGCCCUACUUCACCCUGGCUCCUGGGCCUCACCAGGCCGCCCUGCCCCUCUGCUGCCCUGCUGGUCACCAGUUCCACCCGCCGACUCUGUCCCUCGGACCAAUAUUCCAUCAUGUCACCGCCUGUGCUAGUGGGGAGCCCUGACACUGGGGAUCGCUGGUGGCUUCUCACGAGACAUGUGGUCCGCGGAGAUUGUAGGUGGGGCAGGCGGAGCUCCAGGCUUUCCAGUCACCUGCUGUGUGACUUCGGAUGCUUGUCUCUGGGCUUCACUUUACUCCUGGGAGGGGAACUUGCUGAGGGGGCAGGAAGGUUUGUUCAUGAGGGAUGUGGUCCUCUCCCAAAGAGGCCAGCCCUUGGGGCCCUGACCGGGAGUCUCCCGACAGUACCCGACUGAGGCGGCCGGGCACAUGAGGGCGAGGUGACUGGGGAGGCUGGAGUGAGUCCUCAGUGUGGGCAGAGACCUGGGAGUGAGCCACCCUCACCAGGAGAGAAACGGAGAGCGCUCGGAGGAGCUGACAGGCCUGGCGGCUGGGCCCAGCUGCACCCGCCGGCAGAGCACAGCCUGUGUCUCACAGCAUCGGACAGCGAGGGAGUCUUCCACUGGAUUCUGUGAAUUCCAUUCUUAGGAAUGAAGCUUAGGAGGGCAUGGAAAGGCAGGAUGGACAAAGAGCCGCGCCCCCCACAUGCCCGCACACACGCGGACACCUGUCUCUAGAAGGGA